AUGUCCUCCACCCCCAAGAAAAACGACAUGAAGAGCCCAGCCAAGAGCCGCCAGGAACUCGCCAAAGAAAAACAACAAGAGCUGAAGACUCGACGUGACGCAGUCAGUGAGCUGCAGAAGAAUGCAUAUGGCAGUCUCCCAGUCGGCGGUCUCUUCAUCGCGCUGUUCGUGAGCGCCGAUCCCCAUCAGAGCGACGCUUUCCAUUGGGGCAUCUACCACCACGCCACCAGCUUCAAAGGCACAAAGUACCAUAUCACAGGAAGUGCCGGACGGUGGAUUGCAGCGCACAGCGAUGCCCGAAACACCUUCAAGUCACAAUCUCUCUCCGUCCUCGUCCAGAUUGGACAGAUCCCACAGUCUGCGACCGACCAGCUUGAUCAGAUCAUGAAGUCGCACGACCACGAGCUCAACAAUCUGCCAGGACUCACUUGUCGCGUUUGGGUCUUCACGGUUGUGGAGAAAUUGGUCGCGGCGGGCUUGCUCACUAUGACGGGAACGACCAGUACGUUGGAGGAUGAGUGCAAGGCGUAUGGAAAUCAGCUCAGCAGCGGCGACGCCCAAAAGGAUCAGCCAAGACCCGUUGUCAGAUCUGCGAUUUGCUCUUGA